GGCAUUCGAGUUGCACGCGCUUUUGAAGAACGUGAUCGAAGAGUUUUCUGAAAGUCUCGGAAUCGGAGGCUGAGGGAAAGGGCGUCCCUGUUUAUCAAACUUGGGGGCGGCCCGAUCAUUUCCAGCCAUCACCAAAACUUCAAAAUUUUCCCUCACUUUCUGUGCGUGUUCUCUCUUCUUUCUCUCUCAACCUACACACACACACACACACACACACAUAUAUCUUCUCUGUCUUCCUCACUCUCUUCACUGUCUCCUUUGAGCAAUAAAUAGACAAUAACAAUGGCGGUGAAGCACCGAUCGUGAUCCAAUUUGAUUAAUCUUUCUUGAAAAAAGGUUCUUGCUGUCUGCCAUUGAUGAUGGAAAGUCAAAGUCACUCAGAGGUUACUGGGGAAAAGAUGCUUCCACCACCUCCUGGAACUUUUCAGGAUCGUGAAGACCUUAUCAGACAUGUUCGUGAUUUUGGGGCCAACCAAGGAUAUGUGGUGACUAUUAAAAAGUCCAGGAAGGAUAGAAGAGUUAUACUCGGUUGUGACAGAGGAGGUGUUUAUCGCAAUAGGCGCAAGAUUGAAGAAAACAAACGCAAAAGAAAAGCACAUUCACGCCUCAUUAAUUGUCCUUUUGAAGCCAUAGGUAAAAAGGAAGAUGAUGUGUGGGUACUUAUCAUAAAAAAUAGUGAACACAACCAUGAACCACUCAAAGACAUGUCCGAGCAUCCGUAUAGUCGUCGUUUUAGUGAGGAAGAGGUGAGGCAAAUCAAACAAAUGAUUGACGAAGGUAUAAAGCCACGUCAAGUGCUCAAGUCUCUCAAACAAAGUAAUCCGGAGCUUCAGUCGACACCAAGGCAUUUGUACAACCUCAAAGCUAAGAUCCGUCUGGGAAAUUUAACAGAGAAAAGUUUAAAAUCAUGGAGACCCAAUAGAUCUGUGCUUGUUAGCACGUCUACGGAAGCAUCAACAAAACAAGACUGUCCAGUAUGUUUUGAUGUGAAAGGAGAAAGAUAUUACUGGAAAUUUGUGGAUUCACAAGCUUGUGCAAUAAUUGAUGUCAUAAAUCCCGCAACACAAGAGGUGGUUUCUCAAGUUCCUUUAACUACCUAUGAAGAGUUCAAAGCUGCAGUUAGUGCAGCGAAACAAGCUUUUUCUUUGUGGAAGAACACACCUGUUACUGCUCGUCAACGCAUCAUGUUCAAGCUUCAAGAGCUCAUUCGCAGAGAUAUUGAUAAGCUUGCCAUGAACAUCAGUACAGAGCAGGGGAAGACUUUGAAUGGCGCCAAAAGCGACGUACUCUGUGGUUUAGAGGUGGUUGAACAUGCUUGUGGAAUGGCAAGUCUCCAAAUGGGGGAGUUUGUUCCCAAUGCAUCUAAUGGAAUUGAUACCUACUGCAUUAGAGAACCACUGGGUGUUUGUGCUGGGAUCUGUCCCUUCAACUUUCCAGCAAUGAUUUCCUUAUGGAUGUUUCCUAUUGCAGUAACAUGUGGCAAUACAUUUAUUUUGAAACCUUCUGAGAAAAAUCCAGGGGCUUCAAUGAUACUUGCAGCAUUAGCAGUGGAGGCUGGUUUGCCCGAUGGUGUGUUAAAUAUUGUUCAUGGGACCAACGAGAUUGUCAACUAUAUCUGUGAUGAUGAUGAUAUUAAAGCUGUAUCAUUUGUUGGUCCUAGUACAGUUGCAAUGCACUCACUUGCUAGGGCAGCAGCUACAGGAAAACGUGUUCAGUCCAACAUGGGAGCCAAAAACCAUGCAAUUAUUAUGCCUGAUGCGAGUGCCGAUGCUACCUUGGACGCUUUGGUUGUUGCUGGUUUUGGUGCUGCAGGACAAAGGUGCAUGGCUCUCAGCACAGCUGUUUUUGUUGGAGGCUCAAUGCCAUGGAAAAAACGAAUGAAACAAGGAACAAGGAACAAGGAGAAGAAUUUUGAAGGAGGAAGAUGAAGCUUUGAUACCAUGUUAGAUUUGCAUGAGAGAAAGAAAAGAAUGAGGAGAAGAAGAGAGAGAGAGAGAGAGAGAGAGAAUGACUGUGUUUAUUAACAUACUCGAAUCAUAUUAGGGUUCUCCCUUACACAUAUUUAUAAUAAAAGACUAAAGGAACAAAGGAUAUAACUACCUUUAGACACUAAUACUUAGCCAUGAGUUAUGCCCUCGGCACCUUUUGCUGGUUGACUCUUUAUGUUUCUAUCCAUUCAUUCUGUAGACUUUGGAUCUCAUUAUGUAUGAUUUUUUGCAAUUGC